AUGUCUACAACUUCUACACCGCGUUCGGCACGGUCAACGCGUUCCAUGUCGCCCGCCAAUAAUUCUCCAAGCAUCCUGACCCCGGGUCAGAAAAUCAAAGCCAUGAUGGCCCAAUUCGACAGCGAUUCCGAUUCCGACUCACAACCCACAAAUUCCAAGGCAUCUAUACCGAAGCUGGACUUCGGAAGCAAGAGCACAUCAACCGGUAUGCGCGCACUGGAACAGUCCAACAACUCCGAAGACGACUCAGAGGAUGUAGAUGAGAUUGUGAAGCCAAAGGGCCGCAUGGCUGCUCGCAUGCAGGGCGAUAUCAGUGCUUCAGCAAACUCUGAACCCCAAGAACAAUCCGCUUUUUCCCGAUUAUCCAAGGCUCUGCGAACCGAGAGAGAACAGACACAAAAGCCAACACGCCGAAGCCCCUCACCUGUCGACGAAUCCAGUGAGGAUGAUCUGCCCACAGCUGCUCCUCGGAGGAGGGCCAAUGCGCAGUCCACCCAAUCUCCUGCUUCUGCAGGCCACGAUUCCGUAAAGUCACCCUCUCGCGCACGCUCUGCCUCGCCCUUGUUUGUCUCUUCGCCAGCCUCUCAACAAAAUAAUGCCAUUGCUUCGGAUAACGUCGCAGAUGACGGACCAGUUGAUAACCCAAAGUCUAACGCGAGAUUCCUCGCUCUCGUCGCACAAAAGCGCAAAGAGCGCGAGGAGCGUGAACGCAUUGAGGAUGAACAAAAGGCAGCUAGGCGCGCUCAAUUGGAGCACUUUAGCUCGGAAAUCAUGUCUGGCGAGGAAAGCGAGGGUGAAGAGGCUACAUCUGGUCAGAAAUUGAGCCAGAAAACUCGACAACCUCGAAAGGCAAGCAAGAAGGCUCUCGAGGAGAUGAGACAGGAGACACAACGCCUAAGUCGAAACAUGCAACUGGCUCAUCAGGCUCAAACCAAGAAGAAGAUUACCAAGGAGAGCUUGUUCGCCAAGUUCAACUUCAUGCAGCCGGCGCCUUCUUCCGCUGAGCCCGCAGCUGCAAAUUCGUCUUCAACUGCCGGUUCCCAAAAUUCUUCCGAUGGCGAGAGUCCCAAGAAAGAUAAAGAGACGCCACACACUUCGCCUGUACUGGGUCCAUCCGACGCAGACAAGCCCGUGGCUAUUGAUGCUGAAGUUCCCGUUACGCUCGACGAGAGCGGUGCAAACAACACUAGCGCAGCGAUACCCGAAAAAGCCAAUGUUCCCGCUUUCCACACACUCGAUGGGCUCAAGGGGUCUACUAUUUUGAGUGCAAAGAAAGUACCUCGCAAGCCAACCCAGCCUCCAGUUCGUGUUCUCCUCUCUCGACAAGAAGUUGCUCGGCACCAGAAAGAAGAUUACGAUAGUGAUGAUUUGGAAGUUGUCACAUCCCCCUCCAAGGCUCGCCGCAUUGCUGCUUUCGAGAACUUGCCCACCAAAAAGUUACAAGAAUCCUCUUCGAUGACUACGCUGAAGGCAUUGGCCCAUUUGACAUCACCAAGCCGCAAGCACAAGGGUAUGAACUCGGCCGAACUGUCUGCAAGUUUGUUGUAUAGAGCUCGUCAGCAAGCUGCCAAGGAACGACGCGAGCGUAUCGAAGAGCUCCGGGCAAAGGGCAUAGUCAUCGAGACCGCCGAAGAGCGUGCCGCCAUGGAAGACGACAUCGAAAACAUGAUGGACAAGGCGCGUGAGGAGGCCGAUGAGAUUGCACGACAGGAACGAGCUGCCAAGAAGAAGGCGCAAGGUCUGAUCGGAGACGACGAUGAGGACGACGAAGACGACGACUACGCGCUUUCAGGCUCAGAUGAAGAUGGAUCUAACGGAGACGAUGACGAAGAUGAAGAGGCCGAUGAUGUCAAUGAGAACCCCGGAUUCCUCGAUAACGAAGCAGACGAGGAUAAUGAGUCUGCUGACGACCAAGCCGAGGAUGAAAUGUCAGAUGUAGACAUGCUGGUCGAAGCUGCCAGUGCCCGGCGGAAGCGACGAGCUCGUGUGGUCAACGAUGACGACGAGGAGGAACCUCAAGUGCCAUCCACACCAAUCAGACCACCAUCUCACGACCCACAGUCGGUGGAGCGACCAGUGUUCCCCGGCAUGGAGACCCCUGGCGGCAUGUCUUUGGGGCUUACUCAAGCAUUCGCUGGCACGUUGGCCGAUGAUGAAGAUGCCAAUAGCCAGCCCGGCUAUUCCACAAUGCCUUUCUCCCUUCCCGAUCCCGGUCUCCCCGUUCCAAGACUUCGCGCUGAGGACUCGGAGAUUCUCGUUCGUGAUAGUCAGGAGCACUCUCAUGAGCCCGACUUCAUGACCGGCUACAAUCAAAAUGUGACCAGAGUAUCGGAAUCGCCUGCUGCACACAAAUUCUCCCAGUUCUCACAGCUUCCCGAUCCCAGUCAAGAUCAGGGCUUCGUUUAUUCUCCAUUUGACCCGGCUAAGCGAUUCCGAGAAACACCACCAGUUUCAACCGUUGAUACCGUCCUCCUCGGCCAGACUCAGUCGCCAAUUGCGGAACGCAAGGGCCGACAACUUCGCCGCGGCCGCGCAGCAAACUUGUCCAUGGUGGAAGAGGAUGAACACGAGGGCGACUUCGAAAUCAACGCUAAUGCCUUUAACAUUAUGAAGAAGGCAUCUAAGAAGGAAUCUGUUCCAUACGACAAGAAGAACAGCAAAGCCAAGAAUAUUGUCGAUGAAGCUGCAGAGGAAUCCGAGGAUGAGUAUGCUGGUCUUGGAGGUGCCAGUGAUGACAGUGAAGGCGAAGAAGAUGCCUACGAUCAGCAGAUGAUCAAUGACCAGAGCGGCGAAGUGGUCGAUGAGAAGCAACUUGCAGCGAUGAAUGCAAUGCACCAACGAGACCGUGACGAGAAAGACGUUGCGAAGCUGUACAAGGAUAUUACGACUGGAGCCUUGCGUCGUCGCCGUGGGGGUGACGAUGACUUUGAUCUUGACGACUCGGAUGAUGAGCGCCUAGCCCGUCAACGCGAAAAGCAACGCGAGUUUGCGAAGAUGCGUCGUGCCCUCCUUGCGGAUGACAAGAUUGGUCAACUCGCCGACGACCCCAAGAAGGCUGCCUUCUUCAAGGCCAUCGAAGACCGAGAGGUUGAGGAUGACUUUGAGUUGGACUUCCUUGAGGAUAACGCAGGUGACUCUCAGAACGAGGCCUCUCAGAAUGUUGCACAGGAGCAAGACGACUCAGCACAGGAUAGCAAGAAGCGCAAGCGACCGCUCGAGUCAUCCACUGAAGAUGCCACCAACCGUCCUCCACCUCAUCUGCGUCGUACAGCUGCCAGUGCCAUGUCCAAGAAGCCAGCCACCCUUGCCGAAAUUCGAGAGACGCUCUCGUUCUUAACCGAGACCCCCGAAUAUGAUUCCUUCCACGAAGACGCGUCUGUCGACGAAGACGAAGCCAUCGAAGACGCUGAUGACUCGAGCACCGGCAACGAAGAAGCAUACUCUGAAGACGCAGGAUCUCAAUCUAAAGAUGGCUUCGCUGUGCCGAGUCACCCCCGACGCACCCGCGGCGUUGUCGUUGAUCGCCUUGCCCUCCUCCGCCAAGCCUCAUCUAACUCUGCCUCCGGUACGACGUCUGGAGCAUCUGCCAACACCAAGUUCGCCUUCCAUAACGGUGGUAACUCCGACAGCCCCAUCGGUUUCCGCCCACCUCAGCUUCUGCGCCGUGUGACCACGGGCUCCUCUUCAUCAAGCUCCAGCACAACCUCAUCCAAUGCCAAUCGGGCUGCCCAGCCUGCCCCGUCUGGUCCGAAGAAGGGUGGUGCUAUCAACUCCUACACCGCUGCGCGCGAGAAGGAGCGUGAGAAGCAGCUCCGCAUGAAGCAACGCGGUGGUGGUGCUAACAUUGCUAAGCUGCUGGGAAAGCAUGCUGGUAAUGGAUUGGGUGCCCUAGCUGGUAAGGGCCAGUGGGAUUAA